AUGGGAAAUCAACUGGAUCGCAUCACUCACCUGAGUUACAGCGAGCUGCCGACCGGGGACCCCUCGGGGAUCGAGAAAGACGAGCUGCGCGUCGGAGUGGCAUACUUCUUCUCGGACGAGGAGGAGGAUCUGGACGAGCGAGGGCAGGCGGACAAGUACUGCGUGAAGGGGUCGAGCAGCCCUGCCCAAGAGUCCCCCACCCGCCACCACGCGCCGCAGCUGGUGCUGAGCGAGACCCAGUUCUCCGCCUUCCGCGGCCAGGAAUGCAUCUUCUCCAAGGUGAGCGGAGACUCCCAGACUGGGGAUUUGAGCGUCUAUCCGGCGUCAGCCCUGCCGGCUCUGUGCAAGCCGGGAGACCUGCUGGAGCUGCUCUACCUGGGGCCGUCCGACCACCCUCCGCCGCCCCCGCAGUGGGCAGUCUAUGUGGGCAACGCUCAGAUCAUCCACUUGCACCAGGGCCAGAUUCGGCAGGACAGCUUGUACGAGGCGGCCGCCGGCAACGUGGGCCGGGUGGUGAGUAGCUGGUACCGCUUCCGCCCCCUCGUGGCCGAGCUGGUAGUGCAGAACGCCUGCGGCCACCUGGGCUUAAAGAGCCACGAGAUCUGCUGGACGAACUCGGAGAGCUUCGCCGCUUGGUGCCGCUUCGGCAAACGGGAGUUCAAAGCCGGCGGCGAGCUCCAGCCGGCCUCGGGCUCUCAGCCUCAGCAGCAAUACUAUCUCAAGAUCCACCGGGCAGACAGCAAGGGCCACACGGUGCGGUUCCAAAGCUUGGAGGACCUCAUUAGAGAGAAGCGCAGGAUCGACGCCAGCGGUAAACUGAGGGUGAUCCAAGAGCUGGCGAUCGUGGAUGGCAAAGAAUAAAAAGC